AUGAGGAACAUAAUUGCGGCCUUCGCGGGCCUGGUAUUCGCAGGCACAGCUUAUGGACAAACAUGCCAGACUACGACACUGACAUCCAGCGUACCCACGAAUGGCACCGAGGUAGCUCUUGGAAGCUACUCAUACUGUGGCGGUACACUCAAUGCUACGGCCUACAUCGCCAACCUGGACUAUAAUAAGGUGGUGAGCCUCUACUACACCAAUGCUCAAGGCCAAAGCACGCCACUCUCCGUGGUCACAUUCGGUUACUCGAGCAGUAUCGGCACUGAUGGCAGCUGGGAACUAUGGACGACCAGCACACCCAUCUACAUCGACGGCAUCACCAGACUGCUCAACCUCACUUUCCAGGCUACGGACAUCGGCCAGACAUAUACUCAGACUCUGAACCUCCCCGUCAACGCCACGGGAGCAGCAGCACCAACCCUCGCCUCCCCACCAGCACCCUACGCCACCCCCCGCGGCUUCGGCGACGACAUCACCACCUGGCUCUCCAUCAACAUCGGCAGCGAACUCGAAACCGCCUUUCAGAAAAUGUUCGUCAAUAUCAACCCGGCCAUCACCGGAGCAGCACAAGGUGUUGUGGUCGCCGCUCGUAGCGGCCCAUCAUACGUGAACCUAGACCCGGAUUACGAGUACAAUUGGGUCCGGGAUGCUUCUUUGACGAUGGAUGUUGUGCAGAUGCUUUAUUCGGCUUCUACUAAGGUGAAGGCGCAGAAGCAGUAUGAGGAUGUUUUGUUUCAGUAUGCUGGGGCGAGGGCGACGGAGCAGAAUGAUCCUAACUUGCAGACGGGACUGGGGGAGCCGAAGUUUUAUCUUAAUAAUACGAUCUUCUCAGGCCCAUGGGGUCGUCCUCAGAACGACGGACCGGCCACAAGUGCCAUCACACUCAUGGAAUUUGCCAACGACUAUCUUGCGAAUGGCGGUAGCAUGGACACUGUCAAGCAGAAGAUCUACGACUCGACGGCUUUCCCUUCUGCUGCGCCUGUGCAGAAGGAUUUGUUAUUCGUCGCCAGCAACUGGACUUCUCCUUCCUUCGAUCUAUGGGAGGAAGAAGAGAGUGACCAUUUUUACACUCGUAUGGUGCAGCGUCGUGCUCUAGUCAUGGGUGCGGCGUUUGCCACUAAGAUGGGGGAUUCGAGCACUUCUGCUACACUGUCGGCAGCGGCUUCAGCGCUUUCAGCUACACUGAGCCAGUUCUGGGAUCCGAACAGACACAUCCUGUUGUACGAGUAUGGUCCAGUCCUGCACGGCAAGUCGAGCUAUCUCGACAUUGCUGUCGUGCUCGGGGUCAUCCAUGGCUAUGCCGGUGAUGGUGUCUACGGCUUCACGAACGACGAAGUCCUGUCCAGCGCUCUUCGCAUUGCAAUCUCCUUCAUCAACGUCUAUCCAAUCGCCAACAAGACUAGGGACUCGUCAGGCAACGUUCUUGGCAUACCAAUAGGUCGCUAUCCAGAAGAUGUCUACAACGGCUACGGCACAGUCGACAACGGUGGCAAUCCAUGGUACCUGUGCACAGCCGCCAUGGCUCAGCUCAUGUAUUCUGCUUCGACCGAGUUCGCAGACGCAGGUAGCAUCUCGAUCAGCAACGUCUCCAAACCCUUCUUCGACUACUUCGCUCCGGCAGCCAAACUCCAGGUAGGACAGAACUAUGCCUACGGCAGCCAGAAAUACAACCAAGCUAUCAACGGGCUCAAUGGCUGGGGCGAUGCUUUCAUGCGUACGGUGAAGUACUACACUCCAUCCAACGGCACUUUGUCGGAAGAAUUCAACCGCAAUACCGGUGUAGCACAGGGUGCGGCUGAUCUGACGUGGAGUUAUGCCAGUGUUUUGACUGCUGCUUUUGCAAGGGCAGAGACGAGAGGGCAGAAGAGUUAUGUUAAGAACUUGGCGAACCUGGGAUUUCAAGCGAAUACUGUGUCGUAG